CUUUCACGAAUACAUCACCAAAGUAUGAACGUCCAAUUAGGUUACGAUCCAAAGUCCAAGAGACUCGCGCUUGGCCCGGAAUCGGUCCAGGCAGUCCCUGCGCUCAAGCUUGAAAUUGACCAACUUAACGUGUUGACCGCCGAGCUUAUUGCUAAUGGUGCCGACGUACCACCAGUCCCCACACCAGAAAACUUCAACAAGGACAUGUCCAAGAUGAUCCGGAAGCUCUACGAAGGUGGGGUCCAGGCGUUCAAGCAGGGAAAGUACGAGGAAUCCGCCAAACAAUUCAGCAUUGGCAUUGAAAUGAUCUCUCGUAGACACAAGUUUGAGUCCUUCCAAGGAACUUUACAAGAACUCAGUCUUUUCCUCAUGAGUCGUGCCGAUGCCUACUUGAAGACUAAGAACUAUUUGGGCGCUUUCAACGACGCAGACAUGUUGUUGGGUAUGAUGUUGUGCACCCCUGAAAACUUUUUGAGACGUGGGGUGGCCAAUUUCUUCUUGGGUAACUAUACCGAUGCCCGUGCAGACUAUCAACGUGGGUUGGCCUUUGAUGAGACAAACGAGCGUCUCAUACAGGAGUUGGAGAUUUGUUUGGAUAAGAUUUUGGAAGAAAAUGGAGACUAUCUCUAAGGGAGAAGGAUCAACGGAGAAGAGAAACAGAAAGAACGCACCUUGUAUACUAUUAGAAUAACGA